CCAAGCCUGAAUCCAUCAUCUACUUCGAACCUUGGUGUCGUGUUGCUGGAACAUUAUGUACAUUUUUAUGGAAUCCAUCUCCGUGGUCCGCGGUCCACUUUUUGCUCCAAAUACAUGCUUACCCAGGCAUUAAAGAUCGAAAUGUUGCUCCAACUUUUGAGAAAAUUCAGAAACUCAAAUCGUAGUAGUGAAAACAUUUUGAUGUUCCUCGAUAGUGAACGUUAGUUUUUGAAAUAAAGUGGCGAUACUUUUUUUUCCUGCAUUUUUUUGCCACAUACAGAGUUCCAGAUGAUUCCAGAAAACCAACCCCAGAAUGGUGCUUAUUGUACUGCACCUCCUACAUUUUUGAAAAUGUGAACUUCUGUGCAGAAACCAUAAGCCGCACGUAGAAGAGAUGUAUAACAUCCUGAGUUAUUCCAUUACGGAACUGUGAUGCAUGGAGGAAGUUCAUUGUGACUCAGAUGCGUGUAAGGCACGAAAGUGGGCAGGUCGGGAUCCCUGUCAUGAAAGAAUUUUUACAUUCAAGUCUGCUCAGCAUGGCAGUUAGUAGACAGGCCAAGAGUCACCAGAAGUCUUCAGGCCCAGCAGGAACCCUGUUUUUGACUGAAAGGCACCACGGAGCCUCUUACAAUCUCUACAACUUAAAGUUAUGUCAACUCAGCUCCUAAUCAUACAGACUCCCUGUGGGGGGGUGUGUUCAUGCAUGUCCCAACCUGAAUGCAUUCCCUGCUGCAUUCCAGCCAAUCAAAGCAAAGGUGAAUAGAAGGAGAUGGAUCAAAAUGAAGUCUGUUUUUUUUGUGUACUUAUUUGGAAGCACACAAAGAAGCCAAAGUUACAGAGAUGGAGAUGCAGGCUGCUCAGCUGGUCCUGCUUCUCUGGAACACGGAACCUCUGCAGAAAUGACUCAAGAUUGCUCAGAAAAGCGGACGUUGCUUGUGUGGGAGACAGACGUCUGCCAGGCCAGUGAUGUGGAGCCACAGUCGGAGCUGAGCAGUUUUUUGAGUGUUUUCUUCGCUCGCUGUGUGAUUGCAGUCAGAGGACUUUGAUUCACGUCCGUGUUCCCGCGACACCAAGCCCAGAGAUAUGCUUCUGUAUGUGCCCCUGUUCGUCCUCCGCACCCUGUUUGCUGUGCCGGUGCUCAGUUCUCCCCUAGCUCUGCCCCGGAUGACCGUACCGCACCUCGAUGAUAAUGCUCGUCUGUUCAGAGAGGAGGGGGUCUCGAAUUACUCCUGCAUGCUGUUGAGGGAGGACCUGGGCCUGCUUCUGGUCGGGGCCAGAGAUGUUAUCUAUGCACUGGACAUGCAGAAUGUCUCCAGGAAGAAGUCUGAGGUUAAAUGGGCGAUCACAAAAAGAGAACAGGAAAUGUGCAUGACUAAAGGAAAAGCUGAGGUCGACUGUCAGAACUACAUACGCAUCCUGCACACGGUGCAUGACGGCCGAAUCUAUGCGUGUGGGACCAAUGCCUUCAGCCCACUCUGCACCUAUAUGACCUACAACGAGGGCCAGCUGCAGCUGCAGGGCUCGAAGGAGGAUGGAAAAGGGAAAUGUCCUUUUGACCCACAUCAGAGAUACGCUUCCCUCAUGGCUGAUGAUGACCUGUAUUCUGCCACCACCUUGAACUUCCUUGGCUCCAACUCGGCCCUCACCCGGAACUCCCGUGCCCAGCUGAGCACUGAGAUCCAAGACUCAUGGCUCUCUGACCCCCGUUUCAUCUACAUGACUGAGGUCCCUGAGAGUUUGGGCAGCUCAACUGGCGACGACGAUAAGGUCUACCUGUUCUUCAACGAGGUGGCUGUAGAGUAUGAUUUCUACAAGAAGCUGAUGGUGUCACGUGUCGCACGUGUUUGCAAGGGUGAUCUGGGCGGCCAGCGAACCUUACAGAGGCGGUGGACGUCCUUCCUGAAGGCCCGGCUUGACUGUCCUGUUCUGGAGUCCAGCAUGCCCUUCAUCAUGCAGGACGCGUUUCUGUGGCGUGACAGUAACUGGAAGACGAGCAUCUUCUAUGCGGUCUUCACCUUGGGGUCCAUGAACAUGUCGGCGGUUUGUGCGUACAAGGUGGAAGACGUGAGCCUGGUGUUCUCCAAAGGGAGGUUCAAGAAGUCCAUCAAUGUGGAAAACGCCGACACCAAGUGGGUCCCGUAUGGCGGGGAGCUGCCCCAGCCACGCCCCGGAGCUUGCAUCGAUGACGCGGCCAGAAACAUGGGUGUGAAGCAGUCGCUGGACAUCCCAGACGGCACCCUGCAGUUCCUGAGGGGGCAGCCUCUCAUGGACACGGUGGUCCAGCCCCUGAAGGUCGAGCCGCAGCUCAUCAAGCGGGGGCCUGCCUUCACCCGCAUCGUGGUGGACAGUGUCCUAGCGUUGGACCGAUACUUCUACUUUGUCAUGUUCAUCGGGACAGAGAACGGGUCCGUCCUGAAGGCCGUCAACUACGGAAGCGACGUGGUCAUCGUUGAGGAGCUGCACCUGUUCGGCGACGGCGUGCCCGUCGAAGUCCUCCGCCUCUCUGUUGCCACGGGCGCACUCUACGCGGGCUCGUCCAGCGGCGUUGUGCAGGUACCCCUGCGAGGGUGUAGCCGCUACAAAGCGUGUCUGGACUGCGUUCUGGCCCGGGACCCAUACUGCGCGUGGGACACGGCAGAGGGCGCCUGCGUGGCCGUGCCACCGGGGGAGCCCUCCCCUGACAGGGAGCUGAUUCAGAGAGUGAAAGAUGGGAAUGGUUCCUUAUGUCCGAGAGUCGAGAGCACUGAGCCCAAGAAUGUGACACUGGACGCGGGGAUCAACGUGAAGCUUCCCUGUCAGCAGGGUUCCAAUCUGGCUCAGACCGUCUGGCUGCUGAAUGGUAAGGCCCUCGACGCUCCAGACAUCGCCCAUGUCCACGCCGACGGCCUGCUGGUGUUCGGCAACCCGCUCCUGGGGGCGGGCCUGUACGAGUGUCAGUCUGUGGAGCGAGGCUUUGUCACCAAGGUGGCCACAUACCUGGUGCAGCCGGGGAAUACCGACCCAUCGAUACCCAUGCCGGGCCUACAGAGGGAGGCCUGCAAUACGGUGGCUUUGAAGGUGACCGUGGUGCUUCUCAGUCUGCUCCUGGCCAUGCUACUGGUGUGGGACUUCUGCAAGGGACAUAUCUCCCUGCCGUGGUGCCUAGGGUCACGCCGACACCCCCAACCACCACCACCCCUGCAUAACCAGGGGUAUCACCAAGGGCCGGCCGAAAUCAAGCUGCUGGCAAACCGCAGCGCCAACAACAACCACUGCGGCCUCCCGUUCCCCGCAGACGGACCUGGCACCCCCAGGUCCAACGGCAGCUCCAUGUUCAACCCUCAGUUCAUCGCCGACGAGUCUGAGAUCUGAGGGAACCUGAUGAGUCCGCCUGUCCUUUGGGGAGGCGGAGCUACAUAAGGCAGCUGGACUGUGUGACAAGGACAAUGGGGGGGCCUCGUUCGCAGGAUUCUCAGCAGUUUGGCCCCCCUGUACUUUGAAGGCUCCCUGUAGAGGGAGACGGCCUUCAUCCCAGCACGUAAAAGCAGCUGCAUAUUUCAUUCCAGUGUUAAAUUUCAAGGCGAAUAAGCCAAUUUUCGGGUCAGCCAGUGAGGAGCCUCGUGAAAGUCGAAUCUGCUUCUGAAGCUCCAGCUUUCAGGAGACGUCUGCCUGCGGAGAGCUUGUCGUUCCAAAACAAACCCUGCCUGGCAUGACUGUCAGGUUCGGAAGCAUGGAUCGGACCCGCCCCACAACGGGGGAGAAAAUGAAACUGAACUGAAGCUUGAUGUCAAUGUGUCUGGAGAAACCUGUCCAGUGUGUGUUUUUGUUUUUUUUGUUUUUAUUUUUUUUACACAACAUUAUUUCCCAAGGACUAUUUUUGGUUUCUGAUACUAUUUACCAACAUUUGCCUAAUUUCUAAAAUUAGACUUUUUAAAACUAAAAGGGAAAAAAAAUGACAUUUUGUUGGUUUCCUGUUUUUGUAUGGAGCCUCCUUUGGCAGGAGUUAAUAAAAAAAAACGUUUCUACAUGCCUUAACGCUCACUGCCUUUCCUGGGCAAGACUAUACAGGUGACAAACCCUGCCACGUCGCCUGUUUACAUGCUAUUAGAGCGCGAUAUGUGUUGUCCGGGCUGCACACCCCCAGGCUUUGUGCAGGCUCCCGUUUCUUCAAGAGCUGCCAUCUUACUGGAAAUUCGCAAAGCGGGAUGCAGCCUGUCUGAUCCUGUUCCUCCAUCAGUCCCUUGGACCUCUCAUUGCUCAUUUAUGUAAUAGCAGCCAGAGCUGCUCUGGCUUCAGACAUCGCCGUUGGUGCAUGUUGACGUUUCGUGAAAUGCUUGAUUGCCUUUGCACUGGGAAAGUGGUCUCUCAGUUUAGCUGGUACUCACACUGGAGUAGCUUGAAGCUGUACUCAUUUCUGCAGAGAUACUGGCUUUUGACUUUUUUUUUUUUAUUGGAUUCAACGGCCGGGACCAAUUUCAGUGAUGCAGUGACCUGCUCCUUUCCACAAAUUUCCAUCAACUGAACAGCUGUGGAUUUUAAUUGCACUGUUCUCUCUAGCCUUGAUCCUUUUAAUGAUAUUUUGAUACUUCUACACACUAAAACGGCAAUGUUCCUCUCCUCCCAUUCACCCUGCCUUUACCAUCAAACUUGUUCAGCCACUGCUUCAGCCCAGUUCUUCACGGCUUCCACCCUGCUGCCACAAUAGUUUGGACAAAACAAAAAUCAGACCGGUUUUCAUUGAAUGCACGCCAAUGAAUGGAUGUUCCUUUAAACUAUUGUUUGGUUUUUUCAUAUUCAGUCAGGCUUUCUAAGCUCUGUCAGCUGUCUUUUUAGCAACCGUGAAUGUUUUAUGUUAAAAUGUAUUUUUUUUGUACAUUGCAGUGUACAGACUUAUGAUUUUUUUUUUCUUCAUGCAGUUUUUGUGUUACGAAGGCAAAACACAGUAACUGCGUAUUUUAUCGAACUUAUGGUCCGAUUUAUCUGGCGACAAAAUAUUAGUUUAAGUAUUCUCUUUUUGAAGGAAACGGCAUUUAAAAUGACAAACCACGGUAAAACCAAUUCUGAGCACCAUUUUCGUCAGUUUCAGUAUCAUUAUAGUUGCUUGGUUCAUGGGGAGAAGCCCUAUUCAAGACAAAAAUGCUGAUUUAUUUAUUUUUUUUAUUCAGUCCAGCUUUAGCGUGGGAUACUGGCUUAGGUGUGGGUAGCAGUUACUCCUCCGCCUUAACGGCAGGAUGUAGAAGAUCACGCGUUUAGCUACAUUUCCGACAGGAUCAGCCGCUCUGAGGUUGGGCUGAAGGCAACUAUUGAGAGAAGGAAGCAGAGAUGGAGGCUUACAGGCAAAAGGGCAUGAAAUCCAUUACUGUAAAGCUGAGGCACAGCCCUCUGUGACCCCGCCCACUGACUCAUAUAGGCCGUUAGGGCCAUUUGCUAAAGCUAGCCGCACCCAACCGCAGCACGGUAACCAUAAACACCCGUCAUGCGUGAAAGUAAGAGUGCAGGGCUUGUGGGAGUGCAAGGAAAGCCUUCACGGAGAGAGGCCACUAUCAUCCCGCCUCAAAGCUCCUUCAGUUAAUUCUCUCUAACAUUUGGUUCAUUUUGUUAGCGUUCCCUUUGUUUUCAACCUGGGAAGAGGAGUGUCAAAUAACCAUCUCUCACGUCUUAUCUAGCCCAAGCAAAUACACUUAUGUUACACUCGUACCAGUUUAUGGGUGAGGGUUGAGGUGGGGCUGUAAUUUUACAUAUUGAAAUGAUCAAGUUCCUUGGGGUGUGACUUCAUUGUUCUGCAUUUAUUUAGGGAACGCUUACACAGUUCAAGGAGACAAGCACUGUGUGAAAUAAGUGUUUAAUUUAUAAAACAUGUUUUGGUGGGGUGGGUACUCACAUAAAAAAACAGGCCUGUUAGUCUGUACUCCUUGUUUCUGGAACAACUGGUCCCAGGCAGAAUGACUUUAAUGAUCGGCACAUCUCUGGGACUUUAAAAAUGAGCAUUAAGAAAACAACCAUAACGAGUUCUGAGGAAAUCGAAAUGGGUAGGGGCCCCCGGGGCGGGCCUAUCGGCGGUAGCGGUAACGCUUGAAGUGAAACCACAGCUGGAAGAUGCCGUUGGCAAACUGGCAGCGGAAGCCAUGCCGGUGCGAGUACUCCCACUCGCGGUUGACGAUCUUGAAGGCGAUGUCUUCGUAGGGCGGCCCGGCAUGGAAGCGCAGGACGCCAAAGUCCUUGUUGUCGGGACUGGGUUCUAGGAAGUACUGUGGCGUGGAGCGCUUGUCGAUCAGGUCCGGGUAGAAGAUGUUGAACUUGUAGCCCUGUACGAUCUUGGGUGGCGGGUUGUCGAAGUCGUAGUGCGUCUGGUUGUACUUGUUCCACUCGAAGCCAGUGUGCACACGGUUGAAGAAGCGUGGCUUGCGGGGCCGGUACUUGUCGGCCCAUAGGUACAUCUUGCCGGUGAGUGGCAGCUCCACACUGAACUGGGCCUCGUCGGCACCCAUGCCUUCCUUGGCGCGCCGCACGAACGCGUCUUCCGCACUCUCGUUGGCGUCACCUACGGAUGGGGAUAGACGCCGAGGUUAGCUCAUGCUGGGAAUGACUGAAUGAUUCUAGUAGUUCAGUAUGGUUUGGUUAUUGGCCGGCGGCAGAUCAUUAAAGCUUCCUGAUUGGACAGUAGGGUGAGAGCCACUGACCUGUGACCUGUAGCUGGCGUCGGGCCAGGUGUAGCCUUUGCCUGUCCUCCUCGGGCUCCAUUGUGUGGGUGUCCAGGGGCAGCUCUGAGGGAAGCAGCAGCUGGGGGCUGUAUCGACCCGAGUCGUAUUCUGCCUGGCUCUGCUGAAUCAGGUCCUCCUCAGUCAGAACGGCCUCCACUUUGCCUUCUCCCUCUGCAUCCCCCUGCCCCUCCUCCCCAGCCUCCUCCCCCUCCUUGGUACCCUGGGGAGACGAUGAGGAGGAAGGCCCAGGCUGGUCUGUGCUCCUGUCCUCUGUACUGGUCCUGUGGAUGGGACAGGAAAGCAUGAUGCAUUCGCCACAACGUGACGAUGUCACUUGGGAGGGAGGGGCGACCCCAGGCUACCCAAGGAGGGGAUUUCUCACCUUGCUCACACAUCACCCUGAUCAAGCUGUCAGCUAAAGGGAGCGUUAGAUUCACAGCAGAGAACAGACUGUCGGUUAAAAAUUAUUUAAAGUAUUUUCUAUAAAAAAAGUUGCCAUUUAAUUAUAAAAAGAUUAAUAAAGAUAUUUCCAAGACUGAAA